AUGUUCAAUCAGCUCCUCAUCCUCAUCUCCACCAUCAUCUGCCUUAUUUUCACUUUCAUUUGUGGUGUUGAGCACUUGCAGCGUGCUGGGAAAAAACUCUCUGUUUUUGACUCUUUCUACUUCUGCAUCGUGACAUUCUCUACAGUGGGGUUUGGAGAUGUACUUCCUGACAUCUGGCCCUCCAAGUUACUGGUGGUUAUUAUGAUAUGUGUCGCUUUAGUAGUCCUGCCUAUCCAGUUUGAGGAGCUGGCCUACUUGUGGAUGGAGCGGCAGAAGUCAGGAGGAGAUUACAGCAAGCAAAGAACAGAAUCCGAGAGACAUGUGGUGCUGUGUGUCAGUUCAGUCAAACUCGACCUGCUGAUGGAUUUCCUAAAUGAGUUUUAUGCUCACCCCAGACUUCAGGAGUACUAUGUCAUAAUUCUUUGCCCAGCAGAGCAGGACGUGGCGGUGAGACGGGUGCUGCGGAUCCCAAUGUGGUCACAUAGAGUCAUAUAUCUGCAGGGCUCUGCCCUCAAAGAUCAAGAUCUGGUCAGAGCAAAGGUGGAUAACGCUGAGGCUUGCUUCAUUCUCACAUGUCGCUGUGAGGAGGACCGCAAUGCAGCAGAUUACCAGACCAUCCUGAGGGCUUGGGCAGUGAAGGACUUUGCUCCAAGCUGCACUCUUUUUGUUCAGAUUCUCAAACCAGAAAACAAAUUUCAUGUGAAAUUUGCAGAUCAUAUUGUCUGUGAGGAAGAGUUUAAAUAUGCUAUGCUGGCCCUAAACUGCAUCUGUCCUGCGACAUCCACCUUCAUCACCCUGCUGGUGCACACAUCUCGAGGCCUGGAGGGUCAGCACUCUCCUGAGGACUGGCACAGAAUUUACGGAAAGUGCUCAGGAAAUGAAGUGUACAGCAUUGUUCUGAAAGAAAGCAUCUUCUUUUCUGAGUAUGAAGGAAAGAGCUUCACCUAUGCCUCCUUUAAUGCGUAUAAUAAGUUUGGCAUCUGUCUCAUUGGAGUGUGUCCUGACAACACAAAGAAGAAUAUACUACUGAACCCAGGUCCUGAGCACAUCAUGAAGCCCUUGGAUGUGUGCUUCUACAUCAGUCUCACCAAAGAGGAGAACACCUGCUUUAAAACUCAGACAGGCUGCAGAAACAGCCCCAAGACUCAACCUCCAAACUGCAGCACUAUUACUAGCAUGGGUACGGUGGCCAUAGACCUGCAGGAAAUAAGGAUUCCGUCCAGUUUAGGUCCAUCGCUCUCAACUGAAACUAACAUGGUUCCUGUUCUAGAAUUGCCUGAUUCACCUUUGUUCCAGACGGCCAACCUGUUCAGCGAUCAGUCAAAGUGUCCAUGUCAGCCCCACACUGGAGAUGAAGAAACACUGGACAAUGUUGAGACUGAACUUUUUUUUUUCAGUUAUGUUAAGGGAUAUCCUCCAGAUUUACCCUACAUCGGAAGCUCAUCGAUACUUUGCCAUUUACGGAAAAAGAAAACACCUAAAUGUUGUAUGAAGCUAGAAAAGACUUGCAACCACAAAGACGAAGAUGAUGACAAAGCGUACGGUUUAAAGGACAAGCUCAUCAUUGUGUCUGCUGAGGCCACAGGAAAUGGCCUGUACAACUUCAUCCUGCCAUUACGAGCCUCUUACAGAUCAGAGAAUGAACUGUGUCCCAUCGUGCUGCUCUUGGAACAGGGGCCAGACGCAGAGUUUCUUGAGACUGUCUGUUGGUUCCCAAUGAUCUAUUACUUCCUUGGAACAAUCGACAGUCUGGAUGACCUGCUGCGUUGUGGCGUCUCGUUUGCUGCCAGUAUGGUGGUUGUGGAUAAGGAGAGCACCAUGUUUGCUGAGGAAGACUAUAUGGCUGAUGCAAAAACCAUUAUUAACGUCCAGACUCUGUUCAGGUUGCUCUCCGGCCUCAACAUCAUCACAGAGUUAACUCAUCCCGCUAACAUGAGAUUCAUGCAGUUCAGCGCCAAGGACUGUCACUCGCUGGCUUUCUCCAAACUAGAGAAGAAAGAAAGAGAGAAAGGCUCAAACCUGUCCUUCAUAUUUCGCCUGCCCUUUGCAGCUGGUAGGGUGUUUAGCAUUGGGAUGCUGGACACACUUCUCUAUCAGUGUUUCGUUAAGGAUUAUAUGAUCACCAUCACCAGACUACUGCUUGGACUGGAAAACACACCAAAAUCUGGUUUUCUUUGUUCUAUGAGCAUCACAGAGGAGGACUUGUGCAUUGAGACGUAUGGCAGACUGUAUGAAAUGCUCUCGUCCACUGUAGGAGACAUUCCCAUCGGCAUCUACAGGACUGAGUCUCAGACACUUGAACCUCCUGAGACUCCACUAUCCCAGAUGUCAGACAAAGUGUCAGUCUUUGAGGAGGGAAAGGACCCAGAGGAGCAGCAUCAGGCUCUUCACUGUGAAUUGCCAGACAUCCAGACUCAUUCUCUGCGUCGAAGGAGCAUGCAGUGGGCUUCCAAUCUGCUGGGGCCGUGGCACGCUGAGCGAGAUGCAGACAGACAGCAGCGCGGCGUCCUGCUCUCAUGCUCCGAGAGACUGGAGCUCACAGAGCUGGUCAAGAAACGCAUGCAGAACCUGGGGCUCUCCACACACGGAUUCGAUAAGAUGAAUAAUAACCAGAGCAGUCACUCAUACACCUUAAUCAACCCGUCACCAGAUACAAAACUGGAGCUAAAUGACAUUGUGUACAUAAUCCGUAAAGAUCCUCUCUCAUUAGAGCUGUACGAUACUGACAUCAAGAAAAGCUGGAGGAGUGAUUCACAAAUAAGAGAGAGCAACACAAAGAAUCAUCUGUGAAUGAAGAUCUGUUUGUCUUCACUGUGACACGAGUAAAGCUUGUUCUUCAGCAUCAGGUUAAGCAGCUGCAAACCUUUAACGCAGUACCUAUACAUCGCUUAGAAUAAUGCAUGUAAUGUCUCUACAUUUAAAAGACAGAACAGUGCCAAUGUAACCCACCUACAAAGACCACAAAA